AACCAUUUUCAUUUUCAAGUUUCAACAACAAAGAGCUUUCAUCUUGUACAGUCUGCUUCUCUUCUCCAUCCCACACGCAGAGCUCGAGAGAGUUAAAGCGAGAUGCUGCAGUGUAUAUUUCUCCUCUCAGAUUCUGGGGAGGUAAUGCUCGAGAAGCAGCUAACUGGGCAUCGCGUGGAUAGAUCGAUUUGUGAUUGGUUUUGGAAUCAAGUGAUUUCUCAAGGUGAUUCCUUUAAGCAACAACCGGUUAUUGCUUCACCUACGCAUUAUCUGUUCCAAAUUAUUCGAGAGGGAAUCACUUUUUUAGCUUGUACCCAAGUUGAAAUGCCACCUUUGAUGGCCAUUGAGUUCCUAUGCAGAGUGGCCGAUGUCCUCUCAGGUUACCUUGAAGGGUUGAAUGAAGAUUUGAUAAAGGAUAACUUUGUAAUUGUGUACGAGCUCUUGGAUGAGAUGAUAGACAAUGGCUUCCCUCUGACCACAGAACCUAACAUCCUGAGAGAGAUGAUAGCUCCACCAAAUAUCGUUAGCAAAAUGCUGAGUGUUGUGACUGGUAACAGCUCAAAUGUGAGUGACACUCUUCCAGGUGCGACAGCAUCUUGUGUUCCAUGGAGAACAACCGACACAAAAUAUGCAAACAAUGAAGUUUAUGUUGAUCUUAUUGAAGAAAUGGAUGCAAUUAUAAACAGGGAUGGGAUCUUGGUGAAAUGUGAAAUAUGUGGUGAAGUUCAAGUGAACUCCCAUAUCACAGGUGUUCCUGAUCUGACUCUUUCAUUUACAAACCCAUCUAUACUGGAUGAUGUGAGAUUCCAUCCCUGCAUUCGGUUUCGACCUUGGGAGUCACAUCAGAUUCUGUCAUUUGUGCCUCCUGAUGGACUGUUUAAGCUCAUGAAUUACAGGGUUAAAAAAUUGAAAAGCAUACCAAUAUAUGUGAAGCCACAAGUUACAUCUGACGCUGGGACAGGCCGCAUCAAUCUUAUGGUUGGAAUAAAAAAUGACCCUGGAAAGAUGAUCGACUCAAUAACUGUGCAAUUUCAACUGCCUCCUUGCGUAGUAUCUGCUGAUCUGACUUCAAAUCACGGAGUAGUGAAUAUCCUAUCUAACAAGAUGUGCUCUUGGUCGAUUGAUCGAAUACCAAAAGAUAGGACCCCAUCAUUGUUUGGAACUUUAGCGCUUGAGGCAGGAUUAGAGCGUCUUCAUGUAUUCCCAAUAUUUCAAGUUGGUUUUAGGAUUCAGGGUGUUGCUCUCUCUGGCCUGCAAAUAGAUAAACUGGAUCUGAAGGUUGUACCUAAUCGUUUUUAUAAAGGUUUUCGAGCUCAGACCAGAGCUGGACGCUAUGAGGUACAUUUACUAGAUAAUGGAGGAAUUACCGGUUGGUUUUUAUGAGACGUGGAGAAGCAGCGAGUGUAAUCGGUGGAGAAGGGAACUGAGCAGCUGAGCCAACUCGGGAGAACGGAAGGACGAGUUGGAGAGGUGAGUUGAACCGGAAGAGGAAGUGAGUCUAGAAGUUUAGCCAUUUCAGAGAGCAUAAAGAAAAUAAGCCAAAAUGAGAAUCGGGAAGAAGAUAGAAUAAAAGAUUAUAGAAGAGAGGACCAGAUGGGCCUUGUUAGAGUUGGGUUGAUUGGGCUUUUCUGGAUAUUACUAUUAGGCCCAAUAUUAAUGUAUAAACAUUUUCAUGGGCUAAAAUGAUGAUCCAGCUUGGGAUUAUAAUACUCUAUGCAUAUAUGUUAUACUAGUAAUGUGGGAUGAUCCUUUAA